GUCCUUCUGCAACAGGGAAGCUGCGUGCACCAAACAAACCCGAUGUUUACGUUCACAGAAAUUCAAGUAUGCCCGCUGAGCGAAAGAAGUCCGUAAACAUGGAUGAGAAGGAGACGUCUUCCCUGAGCAAGGAGAAGGAGAAGGAGAAGGAGAAGGAGAGAGAGCGAGAGGGAGACCGGCGCGAGAGAGGGAAGGAUGAGGCCAAGGUGAGCGGAAAGAAGGAGGGCGGCAAGUCUUCGGAGGAGAAGAAGAGGCGCCUGGAGGAGGAGAAGAGGAAGAAGGAGGAGAAGGAGCGCAAGAAGAAAGAGGAGGAGAAGCAGAAGGAGGAGGAGGAGAAGAGACAGCAGGAGGAAGAGGAGAGGAGGCGGCAGGAGGAGGAGGAGAGGAGGCAGCAGGAGGAGGAAGAAAAAAGGAAGAGCGAGGAGGAGGCGGCUCAACUGAAGGAGCGUGAGGAGGGGCAGCAGCUGCACCAGGAGGCGUGGGAGCGGCACCAGUGCCGCGUGGAGCUGCGGGCGCGCAACCAGAGCGCGCAGGAGGCGCGGCCCGAGGAGGCCUUCUUCAGCCGGCUGGACUCCAGCCUGAAGAAGAACACGGCGUUCGUGCGGCGGCUGCGCACGCUGACCGAGCAGCAGCGCGAGGCGCUGUCGGCCGACUUCGCCGCGCUCAACCUCAGCAAGUACAUCGCCGAGGCGGUGGCGGCCGUGGUGGAGGCCAAGCUGAAGAUCUCGGACGUGGGCUGCGCCGUGCAACUGUGCUCGCUCUUCCACCGGCGCUACGCCGACUUCGCGCCGCUGCUGCUGCAGGCCUGGCGGCGCCACUUCGAGGCGCGCAAGGAGGAGCGGGCGCCCAACGUCAGCAAGCUGCGCACCGACCUGCGCCUGGUGGCCGAGCUCACCAUGGCCGGCCUCUUCACCGACAAGGAGGGCCUGUCGCUCAUCUACGAGCAGCUGAAGGCCAUCAUCGGCGCCGACCGCGAGGCGCACACGCACGUCUCCGUGGUGAUCAGCUUCUGCAAGCACUGCGGCGACGACGUGGCAGGCCUGGUGCCGCGGCGCGUGCGGGCCGCCGCCGACAAGUUCGGCCUGGCGUUCCCGCCCAGCGAGAUCCUCAGCGCCGAGAAGCAGCAGCCCUUCCAGAACCUUCUGAGGGAGUACUUCACCUCCCUCACCAAGCACCUGAAGAAGGACCACCGUGAGCUCCAGAACAUCGAGAGGCAGAACAGGCGCAUCCUGCACUCUAAGGGCGAGCUGAGCGAGGACCGCCACAAGCAGUACGAGGAGCUGGCCACCUCCUACCAGAAGCUGCUGGCCAACACGCAGACGCUGGCCGACCUGCUGGACGAGAACAUGCCCGAGCUGCCCCAGGACAAGACCGCGCAGGAAGAGCACGGCCCAGGCAUCGACAUCUUCACGCCAGGCAAGCCUGGGGAGUAUGACCUGGAGGGGGGCAUCUGGGAGGACGAGGACGCGCGCAACUUCUACGAGAACCUGGUGGACCUGAAGGCCUUCGUCCCCGCCAUCCUCUUCAAAGACAACGCCGGCCGAGACAGAGAGGACGGCAAAGAUGCCAAAGAGGGGAAGGACAGUAAGGAGGUGCCCACCACGGAGGAGCUGGAGAUGGAGCUGGAGACGCUGGACAUCGCUGACGACGCCCUGGAGAUGGAGGCGGGGGAGGAGGUGGAGGGCGAGGAGCUGCUGGAUGAACAAGAACAGGACGACGAGGAGGCUAGCACAGGAUCCCACCUGAAGCUCAUCGUGGACGCCUUCAUCCAGCAGCUGCCCAACUGUGUGAACAGAGAGCUGAUAGACAAGGCUGCGAUGGAUUUCUGCAUGAAUAUGAACACCAAGGCCAACAGGAGGAAGCUGGUGCGAGCUCUCUUCACUGUCCCGCGCCAAAGGCUGGACCUGCUGCCGUUCUACUCGCGGCUGGUGGCCACCCUGCACCCCUGCAUGAGUGACGUGGCGGAGGACCUGUGCUCCAUGCUCAAGGGGGACUUCCGCUUUCACAUAAGAAAGAAGGACCAGAUUAAUAUUGAAACCAAAAACAAAACUGUGAGGUUCAUCGGCGAGCUCGCCAAGUUCAAGAUGUUCUCUAAAACGGACACUCUGUAUUGCCUGAAGAUGCUGCUGUCCGACUUCUCCCACCACCACAUCGAGAUGGCCUGCACUCUGCUGGAGACCUGCGGCAGGUUCCUCUUCAGGUCCCCAGACUCCCACCUGCGCACCAGCGUGCUCCUGGAGCAGAUGAUGCGGAAGAAGCAGGCCAUGCACCUGGACGCGCGCUACGUCACCAUGGUGGAGAACGCCUACUACUACUGCAACCCGCCGCCCGUGGAGAAAGCCGUGAGGAAGAAGAGGCCGCCCAUGCAGGAGUACAUCCGAAAGCUCCUCUACAAGGACCUGUCCAAGGUCACCACCGAGAAGGUACUCAGGCAGAUGCGGAAGCUGCCGUGGCAGGACGUGGAGGUGAAGAACUACCUGAUCUGCUGCAUGGUCAACAUCUGGAACGUCAAGUACAACAGCAUCCACUGCGUGGCCAACCUGCUGGCGGGGCUGGUGGCCUACCAGGAGGACGUGGGCAUCCACGUGGUGGACGGGGUGCUGGAGGACAUCCGGCUGGGCAUGGAAGUGAACCAGCCCAAGUUCAACCAGCGGCGCAUCAGCAGCGCCAAGUUCCUGGGGGAGCUGUAUAACUAUCGCAUGGUGGAGUCGGCCGUCAUCUUCCGCACCCUCUUCUCCUUCAUCUCCUUUGGGGUGAACCCAGACGGGACGGCCAGCCCGCUGGACCCCGCCGAGCACCUCUUCCGCAUCCGCCUGGUCUGCACUCUGCUGGAUACCUGCGGCCAGUACUUUGACCGCGGCUCCAGCAAGAGGAAGCUCGACUGCUUCCUCAUCUACUUCCAGCGCUACAUCUGGUGGAAGAAGAGCGUGGACGUGUGGACGAAGGAGCACCCGUUCCCCAUCGACAUCGACUACAUGAUCAGCGACACGCUGGAGCUGCUGAGGCCCAAGAUGAGGCUGAGCGCCUCGCUGGACGAGGCCGUGCAGCUCGUCUGCCAUCUGGAGAGGGAGGUGCUCGUCAAGCUGGGUCUGGCCAUGGAGAAGGACGGCAAGUGCUCCAGCGCCAUGGGAGAGGGCGGGGCUUUAGACGAGGAAGAUGACGACGACGAAGAGGAGGGUGGAGCCGACAUCGAGGAGCAGUCAGGGAACGAGAGUGAGAUGAACGACGUAGAGGAAGAAGAGGGGUCUGAGAACGAGGAAGAGGAGAGGGAGGAAGAGGAGGAGGAGAACACAGACUACCUGACGGACUCCAACAAGGAGAACGAAACGGAUGAAGAGAAUGACGUGACCAUAAAGGGCGGGGGGCUGAAGCACGUGGCGUGUGCGGAGGAUGAAGACUUCAUCCAGGCCCUGGACAAGAUGAUGCUGGAGAACCUCCAGCAGCGUAGCGGCGAGUCGGUGAAGGUGCACCAGCUGGACGUGGCGAUCCCGCUGCAGCUGAAGAGCCAGCUGAAGAAGGGCCCGCCGCCGGCCUCCAGCGCCGAGCCCGAGGCCGACAUCAGCGACACCAUGCAGUUCGUCAUGCUCACCAGGAAGGGCAACAAGCAGCAGUUUAAGAUCCUGAACGUGCCGCUGUCCUCUCACCUGGCCGCCAAUCACUUCAACCAGCAGCAGGCAGAGCAGGAGGAGCGGCUGCGCAUGAAGAAGCUCACCCUGGAUAUCAACGAGCGGCAGGAGCAGGAGGACUACCAGGAGAUGAUGCAGUCCCUGGCGCAGCGCCCCGCCCCUGCCAACACCAACCGCGAGAGGCGACCCCGAUACCAGCACCCCAAAGGAGCGCCCAACGCCGACCUCAUCUUCAAGACUGGAGGAAGGAGACGCUGACGAGAGGCGGAGCUUGGGGAGUGACUCCACCUCCGGCUGACUAACAGCAGCAGAGACCCCGCCUCCCCCACGGCUGCAGGAGGAGCAGCUGUCUGCAGCAGGGGGGGCGCCAACAGCGAACACGCCCGCGUGAGACCACCAGCAGCACCGAACGGCCAACCCACCCCACACACACACCGGGGCACGGACUGCGGCGUGUCCGCCUUUUAAUCCUGGGGAAUCCACACCCAGCUGAGCCGGCUCAACCAAACAAAAUGAGACAACGUGAGAUAGA